CUUUGGUAACCUAUGGGUAUUUGCUUUUCGGAGGGUCAGUCUCACCGAUCAUCGUCGGUAUGACCAUAACGCAAUCCACAAUGAUAAUAGCCACAUCUUCGGUUCAUAUGAACCAAUGGAGUGACAUAGACAACUUCCUGGUGUCAGUACAUCGUUUGAUAGCGUAUGGGAAAAGUCCGCCUUUGCACGAUGUUGGAAUCAACUUGCCAGAAAAGGUACCACUUGACGGCAACCUGGAAUUUCGCUCGGUUUAUCUACAAUAUUCACCAAAAGCUUCUGUUCUCCAUAACAUUUCUUUUGAAGUCAAAUCGGGCGAAACUGUUGGUAUCGUGGGACGAACAGGAGCUGGGAAGUCGUCUCUUGUGUCUGUGCUUUUUCGGUUGUACCCUUUCCAUGGUAAGGUUUUCGUAGAUGGACACGACACCAAACAAAUGUCUGUGGAGUCUUUACGGUCCUCUAUGUCCAUCGUUCCGCAGCACCCAAUUCUCUUCCCGGAAACCGUCCGGAAAAAUUUAGACCCACUGCAAGUGUACAGUGAUCGGGAGAUUUGGGACGUCCUGCAAGCAGUCGAAUUGGGGUCUACAGUUGCUAAUUUACCGUCGGGUUUGGACACGGUGGUUACAGAUGAAACUGCGAGUUUGAGUGUGGGCCAAAAGCAGCUACUGUGUUUGGGUAGGGCUCUGCUCCGACGAAACAAAAUCGUGGUUUUGGAUGAAGCUACAGCCAGUAUUGAUCUGAGGACUGAUAGGACGAUACAGUCAAUCAUUCGCACGAAAUUUAGUGGCUGCACUGUGUUGGUUAUAGCACAUAGACUGAGCACGGUGAUGGAUGCCGACAAAGUUCUUGUGAUGGACGCUGGUACGGUGGUGGAGUUCGACCAUGCUUAUACCCUUUUGGAAAACAAGGAAGGGUUUUUGUAUAACUAUGUUCACGUGCACUGUAGCGAGAUGGAAGAAGGUUUGAGGGAGCUGGCGAGAAAAAGCUAUGCGGAAAAGUUGAAGAAGUGUUAAUGCUGGUAUUUUUAGCUGAAUAAACUUGUGAUUGACG